AUGAUCAGCCCCUCCCUGCUCAUGGGGAGGUCUCUCCUGCUCUCCAGUGUAAAACACACUAAUGACGUGGCUGUGCGCUGCAACGUCCCCAACACUGGGCUGGAGACCACGGUGCGGUUGGCGGGGGGCAGGGAGCCUGCAGAGGGGCGUGUGGAGGUGCUGAUGGAGGUGGGAGGGGUACAACGCUGGGGGGCCGUCUGCAGUGAGAACUGGGGCAUCAACGAGGCCAUGGUGGUGUGCAGACAGCUGGGCUACGGCUUUGCAAACAGAGCUCACCAGGAGACGUGGUACUGGCCCGGAGCUCCGGAGGCAGCAGAGGUGGUUCUGACUGGAACCCACUGCAUCGGCACAGAGAUGUCCAUUCAGCAGUGUCGUAGGAACACACAGGUCUAUUGUCCCAGUGGAGGAGAUGGCAAGGCGGCUGGGGUCACCUGUGUUGAGACGGCCCCUGACCUGGUAUUAGAUGCCCAGUUGGUCCAGGAGACAGCCUACCUGGAGGACCGCCCCUUGCACCUCCUGACCUGUGCCAAUGAGGAGAACUGUCUGUCGUCCUCUGCUGCCCGGAUGAGCUGGCCUUACGGACACAGACGCCUGCUACGAUUCUCCUCACGCAUCAUGAACAUGGGCCGGGCCGACUUCAGACCUAGAGCGACCAGGGAGUCCUGGACCUGGCACCAGUGUCACAGGCACUACCACAGCAUUGAGGUGUUCACCCAUUAUGACCUUCUGACCCUGAAUGGAACUAAGAUCGCUGAGGGUCACAAAGCCAGCUUCUGUCUGGAGGACACCUACUGCCCCGAAG